AUGCUGCGACCCGAGGAUGCCGUGCGUGCCGGACACAUCGACUGCGUGCGCCUGUUGGCCUUCGCCGGCGCUUCACUAGGAGACAGCGCAACCGACGAGGAUCGCGCCAAGCUCCAGCAGACUUUCGGGGAGGACUUCUCCUCACCGGAGACCUGGGGCGAAGUUCAGAAAUUCCAACGCCGCAUGAAUGACCUGCAGCAGCGUGUCGCGCGGCUUCUGAUCUCUGUGGCCAAGGGGCGAGCCAGGCCGGAAGUCUUCGAUGCGGAAGCGAGCACGAAGUUUAACAGACAGCUCAUUUGUGCGAUCUUCAAGCAAUGUCCACAGCUGGCGGAUGGAAUGCUUUCUUUUACGAAGAUGUUCCAGACUCUGGAGGCAAACGCUGUGGCGCCGAUGCAGACCUUCCUGGCGUUCCUCCAGGAUUCCAUCGAUUGCAUGCGCCACAGCCGUUGGUGGACUUGGUACGGCAAGCAGAACCAAAAGGAAGAGCGGUCGGAGCGACAUCACAAAAAAGGCAGGGAAGCAAAGGUGGAGAAGUCGACUGGAAUGAUCACGAAGCUCAUGGUGGCUGCGAUGGGCAUCUGCAACCAACUGGAUUUUUGGCUGAAUCUGGCCAUUGUCGUCAUGAAGGCCGCGAAGGAAAUCUACCAAAAGGUCAACUGGGAGGUCAACACGCGGCGCAUCACCAGCAAGGACUACCGACUUGAUGAGGUGCCCUGCAGCCACGACUUGGCCGGAGAUGACACUCCCUUGCUAGAAAAAGGCUUGGCUCGAGCUCGGCAGAACCCCGCGGGCAUCUUUUUGACUCCUUCGGCACUCAUGGCACGCCGCAUUCGAAGCCUGGCCAUCUUGGCCCUGGUAGCAGGUGCAUUGAUGUGGUCUUCGAGCUUCGUGCUGCCAGGCCAAGGCCAAGUCAGUAGUCAGGGCCGACGUGAGGCCCUGCUUGGCCUGGCCGGUGCUGUUGGUGUUGGGUUGGCUUCAAAGCCGGCGCAAGCCUUCGAGGGAGCAGGCCAGUGGAUGGGCUACUACGCUGACCCUCAGCACCCAAUGUGUCCGCGAAAGAUCGUCUACGAGUAUGAUCUCUACGAGAAGGCGCAGAUGAUGGUGGACGGAGGCGACGGCAACCCUGGGUGCGAGAAGAAGGUGCUCACCAGGUGGACGGCCAAGGUCGACUGGAAGGCAGGCUCAGAUGAGAUUACCAUCGACUUCAGUAAGAAGGGCGGGCCCAGUGGUGUCGUCGGAAAGUGGGACACGGACGGGAUUGUCUUCCCUGAUGGCAACAAAUGGAAGAAGAUCAUCUCAUACAACACUGGCAACGGCCAGGGCAUUCAGCCUCUGGGCUGGGGCUACAGGGAGAGCAUUUUUCGUGCCUUGGGCUGGGACGUAGACUGGACUGCGCCCGCGUCAGCCAACUACGGCCUCAAUGCUGGUGCCAUAAAGAAGAAGAUGGAGGAGGUGGCCGCGCUGCUGGAGCCUGCGCAGGGAGGUGCUGCCCAUGAACUGACGGACUCGCUGCUGGAAAUCCAUGCGCCUCCCUUGGAUGCAGCUGCUUGGCGGGAAGAACGUCGUGCCCGAUGCUGCGUGGACACGGCAAAGCUCUUCUGCGCCUUCGCAAAGGAUGAGUACAUGAAGCCGAUGAGCUUUCCUUUGGCUUUGGAGCUGGCGAUGUUUGCAGUACUUGCCGUGGUCCGCACUGCCCCGGUGAACAUGGACAUCCAGCCGAGCCGUGAGAAGACGCUUCAGCGGACGGAUUUCCUGUUUUUGCGGAGCGGCCUCGAGUUGGCGGAGCAGGAAGUGCGGGGUGACAUCGCGAAGACCAGAAAGGAGGUGAUAAAGCAGCGCGAGAUGGGCGGUAACGUGUCCGGGAAGAAGGUCAUGAACAUUGGCGCCCGAUUUGGCGGGAACCGUAUUGAGCCUGUCAGUGUCGGAAGAAUUCUGGCGACUCAGAGGGAUCUCCCUGCCGAUGACCUCUCCGCCAUCAUUGACAUCCAGGACGGCCACGUCCACGUCACAGCAAAGCUUGAUGAUGACGAUAGUGAUGACGAAGGCCGACGCCGCGCAGACAAGAAGAUCACACGGCGCAAGGAUGAUGUUCACAUCCUGACACACGAGUCAUGUUUCGGCGUGAUGAGCUCAGAGCGCUUUCAAGACAACCUCCUCCGCUACCUCUUGGACUUCUCCUCCUUGCAGGUGGAUGCGAUCGAGGAGGAUGAGCGAAAAAGAGCUGUGCGGAAAGUUCCCAUGGGAAUGGAGUCGCCCGAGACUGAAGAGGAGGAUGAUUUCUUCUAUCAGAAGGAGACCUUAAGCUCCGGCGAGGUGAUCUGGCUUGACGAAGAGAUCCUUCUGGAUUUUGAAGAGAUGGGAUCCCAGGCCGUUGCGUCCGAAGCCAGCACUGGAUCCAUGACAAGCUACGAGCGUGCGCAACAAAAUGCAUCUCCGGGGGACAUCAAAAGAUCACCGACAUCGAACAUGGGCCGGCGCACGCCGAAACGCGAUGCUGGGGGUGAUGACAAGAAGAAUGCAUCGAUUCUGAGCAGAUGCUGCCAGUGGCUUCAGUCGCGGGCGGCUGUUUGUGGCGGGAAAGAGGAUCAGGAAGCAAAGCUUCGUCAGAAGAUGACCUGGAAGUUUCGUGAGCUUGACGAGGACGGAGAGGGCCUUACGUUGGCUGACGUCGCAACACUGUUGACAGAUGUGCUUGGCCACGCACUCGAUCGAGAUGCCAUGCUUCGUUUGGCCGCCAACGUCUACGACACCUUGGAAAGAAGCGAGCAGGAGCUGCUGCAGUUAACGGAGCUCCAAGAGUGUUUGGAAACUGUCACGACGGGCUAUGAGGCGAUGCUCAAGCGUCAGAGAAAGCAUAGCUCCCAGGGGCAGCGCGGAGAAGACCGAUCCUGGCCAUGGGUUCAGCGUCUCGCAGGCUUCGUGAUGCCAAUGGACUCGCCCUACCUGCUGGUCUGGGACUUCUUGAAGAAUGCAGCUGCCAUCUACUACUUGAUGGAGGUGCCCAUGCGGUUCUGCAUCAUUAAUUUCGAUGCGGCCAGCCAGCAGACCGCGCUGACCUGGUUCAUCGUCAACAUAGCUAUGGACGUCUUCAUGUUUGCCAACCUGCCGUUGAACUUCCUGCGGAGCUACGAAGAGGGCAGUGGGAUCGUCGUCCGCGAUUUCGAGCAGAUUCGGCGCAACUAUCUGCUGGGUGCCUUCAGUUGGGAUUUGAUUGCCUGCCUUCCAUUCGACAUCUUUGCCGAUCCAUCUUUGUCCAGCGAGCGUACUUAUGCUACCUGGCGAUUGCUGAAGCUCAUCCACCUUCGGCAUCUCUACACGCGGAGACACGACAGCAAAUCCUCCGAUCGCCGCGAGCACGGGUUCAUGCUCACAACUUUGAUGGUUGUGCUGCAGCUCUUCGUACUCCUGCAUUUCAUGGCCUGCAUCUUCUGGUACAUCGGAAAUGGCUGGCCUUCCGUGCAAGAAUUGCGCAGUCGACAAAGCGACACUGAUGUGCCUGGAUGGUUCAUGGUGUACGAAGGCAUGAGUUACCAGCGGGGCAGCAUAAGCCAGCCAGAAGUGCCCGUUCUGAACCAGUACCUACUGGCAGUUUACAUCAUGGUGGUCGUUGUGACGAACGACAGCAAUUCUCUUGCCAGCCCAUCAUCCUGGCCCGAGCUGUUUUGGCUGCUAGUGAGUUUCGUGAUCUCCGUAGCAGUGAUGGGCCACAUCGAUGGCACACUGGUUGGCAAGGUAAUCUCGCAGGAUGAAAGUGUCGUGGAGCAGCGUGUCAUGCGAGCCAGGAUCGACACAUUCAUCAAGAACUCGGGUCUUCCUCCAGACCUCGUGGAACAGAUCCGAAUGUCCGCUGGCGCAGACGGAGACAGCGGCGUCAACGUCUUGGCUUCCAGCAACAAGACUCAAAAGGCCGCAGACGUUCGUGUCAUGGAGUCGGUCUUGGCUAACCUUUCCUAUUCCCUGCUCCAAAGAGUGGGACGGCGUGUCUUUCUGAAGUGGCUUCAAGCUUUGCCGAUUUUCAAGGACUGUUCCGAUCCCUUCUUGCUACACUUGGCGACAUCAUGUCGGCUGCUGACAUCGUCGGCAGGCGCCUUUGUUUGCCGGGCGGGGGAGCCCACCAGCUAUUUCGUUGUGCUAAAGAGCGGCUCGGCACAGUUGCGCGACAUGAACAGUGACGAGGUGGAUCGCGUGGACGAGCGGGGCACGGCCUUGUGUGACAUGUCCUGCCUCUUUGGCCUGCGACACGAGAUCUCCAUCGUCAGUGAGGAGGACAGCGUCUUCAUCAAGUGCCCCCUGGAGCAGCUGAACCAUGCCCUGGCUUUGUAUCCCAAGGACCACGAAGCCAUCCACAACAACGUUCUGAAGCUGACGCCCGAUCCGUCUCAUGAACAGGAAGGCAACGAGGACGUGAUUGAUAACCAAGGCAUGGUCGGCAUGUGGGGGGAGGAUGACGAGGACAUGGCCAAGUCACAGGCCUCCCACACCUCGCGCCGGCGGCGGAAGCGCAAAGAAGGCGGAGUUGACCUCGUGGCCGAGCUGAACUUGCACGACCUUUCUCUGGAGGGAGUUGCGAAAGUGAGGAAGCUCAUCAAGCAGUUUCAGAAGACGCAGGAGCAAGAACGCAUCGGCGACUUCAUUGCCUAUGCCGCUCAGGGUAAGAUGGAGCAGAUGGAAGCUAUGCUGAGAAGCAACAAGGUCAGCGUGAGCUGCGUGAAUUGGGACAUGCGCACGGCUCUCCACGUCGCUGUCAGCAAUGGGCAUGGCACCAUCGUUGAGAAGCUUAUCAUGGAGUACCUGGCGCCCCUGACGGUGCAAGACCGCUUUGAACAUACGCCUCUAGACGAUGCUGUUCGAGAGCGGCAUGCCGAGGUUGCUGAGUUCCUCAUUGAGGCAUCGGCUGAAUUCAAGGGCGGCGUGUCGGCGGCGGUACAGCUGUGCGAAGCAGCGGCGAAUGGCGAAACCGCCCAGCUCGAACUUCUUGUGGAUGUUAUCGGCGUCGACCCGAAUCUCGGGGAUUAUGAUGCCCGCACAGCACUCCAUCUGGCCGCUUCCAAUGGCCACCUGGAGACGAUUGCGAAGAUGCUGGAGUUUGGGGGCCUCGAUCUGAGUCCUCUAGAUCGUUUUGGCCAAACUCCCCUGGACGACGCGAUCCGUCACGAGCACGUGGCAGUGCAAAGGCUGCUCAAAGCAGAGGGUGCCCAAAUGGGCAAAGUUGAGUUCGGCGUGGCGCUCUGCGAAGCGGCUUCGCAAAAUGACCUCGGGAAGAUCCGCCAGAUGAUCGAAGCAGGGGUCAGGGCAGGAAUGGCGGACUACGACUAUCGAACCGCACUGCACCUGGCAUGUUCCAACGGACAUUUGGAAACGUGCGUCUUCCUCCUCCGCGAGGGCAAGGUGGAUCCGAAUCCCUUGGACCGCUUCCUGAACACGCCCAUGGACGAUGCGGUGCGUCACGAGCAGCACGAUGUGGUGCAGCUCCUCGUGAAAUAUCGGGGAAGGCCAUCCCAGGAUGAGGAGACCAUCUCGAAGCACCUGGUGACUAGCAACGAGUUUAUCAACAUGAUGGAAGAGGAGGGGAACCGGAAGGAUGCGGACAAAUUGGAGAAGGAGCUGAAGACGAACGGCUUCGCGGAAGUCUUGGAGAAGUUGGUGAAGCUCCGGUCCGAUAUCGAGAACGAAGUGCAUCAGUUCAUCGCGAGCGCAACGAACAUUCGCUACGACAUCUGCAAAAUUUUGCACAUGGCCACGAUGUUGGGUGAAGAUUCGGUGCGUGGCAAGAUGGAGAUGGAAGAGUUCAAGAUAGGCUUCCAGGACGAAACCACAACCGUGCAGAGGUUGCGAUUCCUCAUGGACAAGGACAUCAAAUCCUUUGAUGCCACCGCAGCCAAGAUAUUGCUGCAUUUGGAUGAGGAGUGUCCGGGUCGCAUACCUGCCUUCCUGUGCUUGGCACAGUUUGCGGCUAGUUGUCCUCCGGACUCCUCCCGCUUCCGAAAGCUGCAGGUUUCUCUGCACGCGUGUGGGCGAUAG